CUUCCGCUUCCGUCGGCGUAAGUGUUUCACUUCUGCUGCUGCCGUGGUUAAGAUGGAAGUCUUCUCGGAGUCGCGAGCCGGACACUGGGCCGGGGGUCCGGCCCUGGGGCAGUUUUACUGCGUCCCGCCUACGGUCGGGCCCUUCGCGGGCGCGGCGCCUGCGCUGCAAGGGUGUCCGCUCACACGCACCCAGAGCCCCAUGGUGACCGGGACCUCGGUACUGGGAGUUAAGUUUGAGGGCGGAGUGGUGAUUGCAGCAGACAUGCUGGGCUCCUACGGCUCCUUGGCUCGUUUCCGCAACAUAUCUCGCAUUAUGCAAGUCAACAAGAGCACCAUGCUGGGGGCUUCCGGAGACUACGCUGAUUUCCAGUAUUUGAAGCAAGUUCUCGGCCAGAUGGUGAUUGAUGAGGAGCUGUUGGGAGACGGACACAGCUAUAGCCCUAGAGCUAUUCACUCGUGGCUGACCAGGGCCAUGUACAGUCGACGCUCCAAGAUGAACCCCUUGUGGAACACCAUGGUCAUUGGAGGCUAUGCCAAUGGAGAGAGCUUCCUUGGUUAUGUGGACAUGCUAGGUGUUGCCUAUGAAGCCCCUUCUCUGGCCACUGGUUAUGGUGCGUACUUGGCCCAGCCUCUGCUGCGAGAAAUUCUGGAGAAGCAGCCAGUGCUGAGCCAGACUGAGGCUCGAGAGCUAGUGGAACGCUGCAUGCGAGUGCUGUACUACCGAGAUGCCCGUUCUUAUAAUAGGUUUCAAAUCGCCACUGUAACUGAAAAAGGUGUUGAAAUAGAUGGACCACUGUCUGCAGAGACCAACUGGGAUAUUGCCCACAUGAUCAGUGGCUUUGAAUGAAAUAGAUGAGUUAUCCAGAACUGAAGGUGUGUCCUCCUCCUGACUUUGAACUCAGCUGGUUCAAAGGUAGACCUUGCUUUUGUAAAAUCAAUAAAUUCUUUGAAAUGC